GCCCAAAACCCUGCGCGCUUAAACCCUAGUCGUCGUUUUCCCUUCCCCCCUCCCACCCCACAAAAGAUCCUUCCUUUUCUUCCUCCUUAAACCCUACUCGUCGUUUUCCUGCCUCCCCAAAGAUCCCUCCUUUUCUUCCGCCUCGUUCGACUCGCUUCGACCCGCCAAAACCUUCACGGAAGAUGUCGGGUUCCGUCUCUGCUGAUUCGUCGGACGCCGGUAGCGGCGGAGGCGGCGACGACGGAAGGCGGCGGACCCACCAGCUCUACAAUCCCUAUGAGUCCUUCAACAACCCCUACUCCUUCCCCAUGUACCAGCGCAUCUACGACCUCCCCACGUCGCCCGAGUUCCUCUUCCAGGAGGAGGCCGCCCUCCGCCGCCGCUCCUGGGGCCACAACCUCAGCUUCUGCGCCGGCGUCGGAUACCUCUCCGGCGCUGCCCUCGGCGCCGCUCGCGGCUCCCUCUCUGGUAUCCGCGCCGCUGAGCCCGGCGAGUCGCUCAAGAUCCGCGUCAACCGGGUGCUCAACGCGUCCGGCCACGCCGGUCGCCAGCUGGGGAACUCCGCGGGAGUGCUGGGCCUGAUCUUCGCGGGGCUCGAGAGCGGUAUCGCCGCCGCCACGGGGGACGAGGGGGUCGUCAGCACGGUGGUGGCGGGGCUGGGCACCGGAGCGGUGUUCAAGGCCGCAUCCGGACCGAGGUCUGCCGCGGUGGCCGGGGCGAUCGGAGGGCUGGCGGCGGGAUUCGCCGUCGCCGGGAAGCAAGUGGUGAAGAGAUAUGUCCCAAUAUGAAAGGAUUGAUCUUUGUGGAGGGCUUUGCUUCCGUGCUACAAACUGUAGUGGUUGAGGACUUCAAAUGCUUUUCCUUUGUCCUCUAUGCUUGAUAGAUUUAGUAUUGGAGCAAUUAGAAACUGUAGGGGUUCGAUUAGGAUCUUUCCGUUCUUUUCUCAUCUUUCUCUUUUAUUUUUCUUGUAUGUUUGGUAGCCUUAGAACUGAAACUCUCUGUUCCGUAGCAUUGAAAUAUUUGAGUUUGUCCACAGUCUUGUCUCUUGCUUCUGUAGUAUUGGAGGGUUUAGAUGUUUCUUGAA